GCUGGCAGGAAGCGGAGAUAUGAAAAACACCCUGCCCCCACAACAACGAAGGUACUCCCUCAGGCUGUCAAAGCGUGUGGAUACUCGACCUGCCACGUGUAUGACAUUAAUGUCCACGUUUAUCCACGUGGCAUUCCACAAAGGCUUGCCAAGAUCGCGCGCAACACCAACCCCUUAUCCAACAAAAUCCCCUUUGUUUUUGCUUACACUUCUCUCUUUCUUCCUCCCCCCUUCCCCACCCCCCCAAAACGGCUCUUUUGAAAACGCCAUGACCGCCAUAGCUGCUGCUGUUGCUUUAUCCUUGCCAAUCUCUUUAUGCAAUUCAUGCAAGGUUUCUAAAAAGUUUCAGGGCGUUAAAGGAGGGUUUGGGGUGUUUGCAGUGUUGGGGGAGGCAAAUAGCUUGGGGCCAAGCGAUAAGAAGAGCCUCUGGGGCACGUUGUUUGAUGUAGAGGAUCCAAGAUCUAAAGCCCCGCAAUGUAAAGGGAGGUUCUUAGAUGUAUAUCAGGCAUUGGAAUUGGCUAGAUAUGAUAUUCAGUACUGCGAUUGGCGGGCUCGCCAAGACUUGCGCACGAUUGUGCUUCUUCAUGAAAAGGUAGUGGAAGUGUUGAAUCCGUUAGCUCGUGAAUACAAGUCUAUUGGCACUAUGAAGAAAGAACUCGCAGAAUUGCAAGGAGAACUGGCACAAGCUCACAAACAGGUACAUAUAUCGGAAGCAAGGGUUUCUGCUGCUUUGGAUAAACUAGCGUACAUGGAGGAAUUGGUUAAUGGAAAGCUGUUGGAAGAUAGGACCAAAAUGGAGUCCAGCAUAGCAGCCCCUUCUAUGUCAACACAAUCUCUGGAUACUAUGAAGAGGCCCCGGAAAAGCUUGGAUGUGUCAGGUCCGGUUCAACCUUAUCACCCCCGCUUGAAGAACUUCUGGUAUCCUGUUGCUUUCUCCACUGAUCUGAAGGAUGAGACUAUGAUUCCAAUUGAUUGCUUUGAGGAGCCAUGGGUUCUUUUUCGAGGAAAAGAUGGGAAUCCAGGAUGCAUCCAGAACACUUGUGCACAUAGAGCAUGCCCUCUUCACCUUGGCUCAGUAAAUGAGGGUCGUAUCCAAUGUCCCUACCAUGGGUGGGAAUACACUACAGAUGGAAAAUGUGAAAAAAUGCCAUCUACGCGAUUACUUAAUGUGAAAAUAAAGUCAUUGCCAUGUCUUGAGCAAGAGGGAAUGAUCUGGAUUUGGCCUGGGGAUGACCCACCAACGACAACUCUUCCUUCCUUACAACCUCCUUCUGGAUUUGUAAUUCAUGCCGAGAUUGUCAUGGAACUUCCUGUCGAACAUGGGCUACUGUUGGAUAACCUAUUGGAUCUUGCUCAUGCACCUUUUACUCACACUUCCACUUUUGCCAAGGGAUGGACGGUUCCCAGUCUGGUGAAAUUUUUGACACCUGCAUCUGGUCUCCAAGGUUACUGGGACCCAUAUCCCAUUGACAUGGAAUUUCAACCACCUUGUAUGGUCCUAUCGACCAUUGGUAUAUCAAAACCGGGCAAACUAGAAGGACAGAGUACAAAGGAAUGCGCGACACACCUUCACCAGCUUCAUGUAUGCUUACCGUCAUCGAGAAAUAAGACAAGACUGUUAUAUAGAAUGUCACUGGAUUUUGCUCCCCUGUUGAAGCACAUUCCUUUUAUGCAUUAUUUAUGGAGGCAUUUCGCGGAACAGGUCUUGAAUGAGGAUUUGCGACUCGUGAUCGGCCAGCAAGAACGUAUGAUUAAUGGGGCAAAUGUCUGGAAUUGGCCGGUAGCUUAUGAUAAGCUAGGAGUGCGGUACAGAUUAUGGAGAGAUGCCGUUGAACGAGGAUCUAAACCGUUGCCAUUCAGCAAACCGAUGUAAAUUUUAACUCUAGCAACCAAAUUUAACAUCCUUUCUCACAUUAUUGGGACCAACUCUCGCACUCUCAAAACAUAUUAUCAAGGUUUGGCAUUGGUACAUCAAGGACAACCAAAAGAGAUUCAGGCGGAAGUGUAUUUUGAUCCGAGACAGGUACGAGUUGGUGUCUAGUCAUUGUAAAAGAAAAUAGAAUUUGUACACUGCUUUUUAUAGUUUUUGUGUACAGCUAAAUUAAAUCCCCAUUUUCUUUAUCUCUUUCGAUAACCCCGGACCAGAGAAAUGAUUGGAAAAAUUGUUUUUUUUGGCCUUGAAAUUUAGAAGCCAAUGUUAAUCUCUAGUCCAGCAGCAGCAAAGAUCUUUGUACCGUGUAAAAACGGAUGUUUAAUGAAAAAUCCAAAGAUUUGCGUA